AUUUUGUUUUCUUGAAAGAUUUAGAUUAUUACUACAGAAUAAUUUAUUAUUGUAGUUCGGUGUUUAAUAUAAACAGUCCAGCUAACUAUAUACUGUUUGCAAGUCGUGAACAUGUUAGAUGCAGAAAUAAAUAAUGAAUGGACAAUACUGGAUUACCUGAAUGAUGACUGCUGGUAUGCAGUGUUGCAAUAUGUGGCCGUCCCAGACCUGAUCCGGACAGAGAGCACCAGCAGGCAUUGGCAGAAACGGUUGCUGCAGUACUUGCGAGGAGUCCGUUUAAUGGUUAUAGACACAUAUAAUUCCUAUAAACUGAAGACUCCCAAGAGACAUUCAAAGGACACUAGAUUAAAUCUGCAAAAGCCAGCAUACGAGUCAUUUGUGAUGUGGACUGACAAACUAGGCUCUUCAGUAGUGGCUACUGUCUGCUAUAAUGUGGAAAUUUUGGGAAUAAUUAGAAAGAACUGCCCUAAUUUGGAAAGCCUAUUUUUUUCCGACAUCCCUGACAGUUGUGAGUCACGCGUGUUUCCCUACAAUCUGAAUAAGGACUUCAAAAGCUUGAAGGGGCUAUGUUUCAAUCAAUGUUGUGUAACUGACAACUGCACCAACCAAUUUAUAGCAGAUAAAGCAUUGGAAGAAAUAGACAUUAGUGACUGUCCAAAAGUGACAGGGGAUUUUUUAAAUACCAUAAACCUGUCAAGCUUAAAAUCCGUUGUCUUACUUUCAUGCGAUAAUUUCGACUUGGAGCACUUGAUUUACGCCGACCUUGGCAAUCUGACAAGUUUGAUACUAUAUCAUAUGAAAUAUAGAACAUUUGAAGUCCAAGAAGGAAUACAAAAUAUGCUGGAUAGAAUGCCUAAAUUAGAAUAUUUGGAAAUAUACAAUUAUGAUGAUAAAAUGGUUUGCUAUGAUUAUGGGCCUCUAUCGCGUCUGACACGUUUGCAGCAUCUCUUGGUGUCCUAUUCAAGUGCCCAAUGAGGGUGUUGAAGCUAUAUUGCAGAACUGCCAGGAGUUGACGAGCUUGAAUUUCUCUGAUUGCGCAGCAAUGACCGGGUGCUCCGUGGCUGCCUCCGUGUGCCGCUGGGGCGCGCGGCUCCGCUCGCUGACGCUGGAUGGCAUCGAGAGUUUGGAUGACGAAGAUGUGGUUGCCGUCAUCAGAGGAUGCCCCGAGAUUAUGUCGUUGGAGUUGAUAGGAUCGAAGUAUUUGACGCCCGACCUGCCGGCGCUCGCGUCGGCGGCGCGCCACGCGGCGCGGCCCGGCGUGCGGCUGCGGCUCCAGAUAGACUACAGCCUUAUGUCGGAUGAGGUUCGAAUGGCACAAAUGUGCGGGGAGUAUGAUCAGUUCAAGUCAGAGUAUGAAGACCUGGAUAUAGAGUUUUAUGGUUACCUUAAAAUAAUUUUACAGUAG